AUGACUUUUGGUCAAAAUGCAAAUAUAACCGCCGAAAAUAAUGUGAUCACUUUGAAUGAUUCCGACGAAGAAACGGAAGACAGCAAUCCAUUAAGUACAAGUAGUUCCAGUGCCUCCUUGAAUCUGUGUAUGGCCUGCGGAUCCGAAAAAGCCUCCCACCACUAUGGAGCUCUCAGCUGUGUCGGAUGUAAAGGAUUUUUCCGUCGAGCACUUCUCAAGGCGGAUCAGUUGGAAUGUGCGGCGAACGCAGAGUGUACAGAGUUGUUGAUUCAACAAGUGCCUUCGAGAAGGGAUGAAUCCUGCUUUCAUCUUGGAAACGGGCUUGUCGAACGGGCGCUCAAUGAACUCGUAGCAGUUUACAGGGAGUAUGGGAUGAGAGAAGAGGAAAUAGUCUGUGUGAAUGCAAUGAUUUGUUUGAAUCCCCUGGCGAAGGAUGUGUCGGAUUCACUUUUUGAGAAGAUAGUGGAGUUGAGAAAUCGAAUAGCGGAUUGCUUGUUUUCAAUUGUCAAGGAAGUUAGGUUAAGCCCCACACCGAAUGUUUGCUAUGGGCAUAUUCUGUUGUCAUUGGCCACUGUUACGGAACUAGCCAACGCGAUGAGCGAGAAUCUCCAAUUCGCUCAAACAUUUUCAAAUCAAGGUGAAAUUCCUCUGUUGACUGAUCUGUUCGGAUGCUUCACUGUUGAACCAUUCUUCAAGGAAGUCGAUGAGUUGACAGCGUUGAGUCUGGAAAAGGCGUUGACUGAGAAGAAGGAGAUCAGUACGCAGACUGAUCGGGUGCCACCUCCGAGGGCUUUGCUGAAACGGCAAGCAACAAUAGACGAGGAGAGUGAAGAACCUGCCCGACAAAACUUCCGACUUUUACAACCACCGAACAAUUUCUAUAUUACGGAAAUGUUGGAUGAUUUGAGAGUUGCUGAAACUGAUUCACAUUAUUAUUUUGCAAAUUAA